AUGAACGAGGAGCGGGAGAUUCGUCAGUUAAAAAAAGCCAAGGCCAAGGCCCAGAAGAAUGGACAGCUGAAAGAAGAAGCUGUGCUCUGCAAUCAACUGGGUGAGAUUUUAGCCAGUCAUGGCAAUUACCGGGAUGCAUUGGCUGAACACCGACAAGAGCUUCAGCUUCUGGAAAGCACUGGGGAUGAUCUGGGCUGUGCUGUGGCCCACCGAAAGAUUGGUGAGCGGCUGGCAGAACUGGAGGAUUACAGAGCUGCCCUGACGCACCAACGUCGUCAUCUAGAGCUGGCAGAGUCCUUGUCCAGCCACAUUGAGCAGCAGAGGGCCUGGGCAACCAUUGGCCGGACCUAUCUCGCCAGCUAUGACCACAGCCAAUCAGUUGAUGCACUUCUGCAGGCCCAGACUGCUUUUGAAAAGAGCUUGGCAAUAGUGGAUGAGAAGUUAGAGAGAGUCUUAACCCAGCAAGAACUGAGUGAGAUGAGGACCCGUCUCUACCUCAAUUUGGGCCUGACCUUUGACAGUCUGAAGCAGCCAGCUCUGUGUAGUGACUAUAUCAAGAAGAGCAUCUUUCUUUCUGAGCAAAAUCACCUCUAUGAGGACCUUUUUCGUGCUCGAUACAAUCUGGGCACUAUUCACUGGCGGGCUGGGGAGCACUCAAAGGCCAUGCGUUGCCUUGAGGGAGCACGAGAAUGUGCCCGAAUUAUGAAGAGGAAGUUCAUGGAAAGCGAGUGUUGUGUUGUUGUUGCACAGAUCCUCCAGGACUUGGGGGAUUUUGUGGCAGCCAAGAGGGCCCUAAAGAAGGCCUAUAGACUAGGCUCUCAGCAGCCCAAGCAGCGGCACACAAUCUGCAGAAGCCUCAAGUAUGUGCUAAAAGUAGUGAAUCUGCAGCAAAGGCUGGAGGAGGCUGAGAGCAGUGACCUGCAUGGAGCCCUGGGUAUUUGUGAGCAGCUUGGGGACCUGUUCUCCAAAUCUGGAGACUUCCCCAAGGCAGCUGAAGCUUACCAGAAACAGUUGCAGUUUGCCAAGUCUCUGAAGAUACCAAAUCAAGAAUUGGCUGUCAUUCAUGUCUCACUGGCUGCCACCUUUGGGGACCUGAAGAACUAUGGUCAAGCUGUGGAGCACUAUGAGGAAGAGCUGAGGUUACGGAGGGGCAACCCUCUAGAGGAGGCAAAGACCUGGUUGAACAUUGCCCUAUCCAAGGAGGAGGGUGGGAAGCCAUAUGAGGAGCUGGAACCAUGUUUCCAGAGUGCCCUCCACUGUUCGAAGGAGGCCAAGAAGCCAUGGCUACAGCGGCAGAUCUUGCAGCACCUCCAUGCUCUCCAGCUGAAAUAUCAACCACACAAAGCCCCCAAUACUAGUUCUAAGCUUCAGGAGUUGAGCAGUACUGAAGGCUGGAGCCCAUCCAAGGAUAUCAGUGAGGAAGAUGAGGAAGAAGAGCUGGAGAACAGUGAAGCCUUGGAAGACAGUGAGGUAGAACUCUCAGAAAGUGAGAAUGAAGACAACGACAGUCUACAGCCAGGAGAGGAGGAAAUGGAGUGCUAUGGGCAGACUGGCCCUGGCCGUCGAAAAGUGAAUAAGUGGAAUCGACGAAAUGAUAUGGGGGAGACGAUGCUGCAUCGAGCAUGUAUUGAUGGGCAGCAGCGCCGAGUCCGUGACCUUGUGGAACAGGGUCAUCCUCUGAAUCCCCGAGACUACUGUGGUUGGACCCCACUACAUGAAGCCUGUAACCAUGGGCACUUGGAGAUCGUCCAAUUCUUGCUGGACCAUGGUGCUGCAGUGGAUGAUCCCGGAGGCCCAGGCUGUGAGGGUAUCACUCCUCUUCAUGAUGCCCUCAACUGUGGCCAUUUUGAGGUGGCUGAGCUGCUAAUAGAAAGAGGAGCAUCAGUUACUGCAAAAAACAGCAAGGGUCACAGCCCCCGAGAGACCCUCCGGCAAUGGGUGAAACUCUAUAGCAAGGACCUGGAUCAGGAAACACGUCAGAAAGCUCAAGACAUGGAAAAAUUGCUGCUGCAAACAGCUAUGGGAAAACGGCACCAAACUACAUCAGUGGUCCCAGCAUCUCAAGACUCUCUCACCCCUCAAACUAUCCAGACCAAUCCUCUCUUUGACCCAGAGACCUCCCCCACUUCCAGCCCCAUCAGGUCUUCCCAUUUCCUGGCCAUAUCAAAAGCCCAGCAUCCCUUUGCCCAGAACAGGUCCCUUAACAAGCCCUUGACUUCCCCAGAACUGGGAGGACUGGGUGCCAGCAGGCCACAAAGUUGUCAGGUUGGAGAUGGGGCCAGUAGCUCUGAAGAGGACAUUGAUACAGUCCCAUUCCAGCCAGUUAAGAAGAGGCCAAGACUUUUCAACGUGGAACGGCGGGCAGAAGGAGCAACAUUGCGCCCCACUGAGAACACAGAUUCAGAUGUGGCAUCUGCUAGCCGGGCUGUAUACCAGGCAGCUAUCCGUGGCGUGGGCAGUGCCCAGGCCCAGCGUUUGUUCAAGACUAUAACAAAAGGGUCAAGUGAGCCAUCCAUAGCCCAAGCAGCCCUCAUUCCUGAGGAAGAGUAUCUGGAUGGAGACUGGCUGGAGGAGGAUAUAGAUUCUCGCUGUGUCCGUCGCAAGAGGAGCCACUGUUUCCCAGACAGUGGGUCAGAUUGUACUUCUGGGCCAGAUAGUGAUAGUGGAACCUGCCCAAGUUCUAAGGCCCGUUCCCGGCAGAGUCGACUCACUCAUAUUGUGGAUAGGACAGUGCUAGGCAAAACCAGUAGGAGCAAUAACUUGACAGGAGAAAAUGCCUCCAGGGUUUCAGGUGCCAGUGGAGAGAGCCCCUCAACAGGAUACCUGCCAUGUUCAGCUGGACCACUACCCAUCAGGGUCCGGGUUCGAGUACAGGAUAAUGUCUUCCUUAUUCCAGUUCCCCAGAGUGGCAAUGAAGGGCACCCUGUGUCAUGGCUGGCAGAGCAGGCGUCUCAGCGAUAUUAUCAGACAUGUGGGCUGCUCCCCCGGCUCACUUUGAAAAAGGAGGGAGCCCUGCUAGCUCCAGGGGAUCUCAUCACUGAUGUACUGCAGAGCAAUGAGGAGGUGCUGGCUGAAGUGGUCUCCUGGGACCUACCACCCUUGACUGACCGAUACCGCAAGGCUUGUCAAAGCCUGAGGGAAGCUGAGCACCAGCUUGUCUUCCAGGCUCUGGAACAGCAGGGCUCAGGCCCCUCAUUCAGUGUCUGCUCCCUUGCCCUGAGCCCAGUCCAACUCACCCCACUGCUGCGUGCCCUGAAGCUGCACACUUCACUUCGGGAGCUACGCCUGGUCGGGAACCGGCUUGGGGACAAUACAGCUGUGGAGCUGUUGGCCACAGUUAGCACAAUGCCUGGCCUGAUCCUCCUUGAUCUCUCAUCUAACCACCUGGGUCCUGAUGGCUUACACCAAUUUGCUACUGGCCUUCUAAAGCAGAACACCUUCCAGAAUCUAGAGGAAAUCAAUUUAAGCAUGAAUCCUUUGGGAGAUGGCUGCUCCCAGGCCCUGGCCUCCCUCCUGCAAGCCUGCCCUGUUCUCAGCACUCUUCGAUUACAAGCCUGUGGCUUCACUUCCAGCUUCUUACAGAGCCAUCAGCACACCAUGGACAGUGCCUUGCAGGGUGCCCAGCACCUGAAGAUACUGUCUCUGUCCUAUAAUACCCUGGGAGUCCCAGCCCUCUCUAGGGUUCUUCAGAGCAUACCUCACCGUGUCUUAGCUCAGCUGGAGCUUGGCUCAGUGAUGGUCAACAGGAACAGCUCAGGAUUCAUGGAGCCUAUGAUCAGAUACCUGACUCAGAGUCACACAGCACCAGGCUGCUGCGGAAGCGACCCCGAACAGGCCAAGGGAGAUAAGGACUUUUUCUCUGAAUAG